AUGUCUACGAUCGAACUUGUUGUUUGUUUGAAUAACUGCAAAUAUCUUUUGAAAACUACUACUAAUGAGACACUUACUGAUAUAAAGAACAAUAUAAAAUCAAAAUCUGGUAUUGAUGUAAAUAGUGAAUAUUAUGUUCUUGAAGUCUAUGAUGCAGAUUUGGGUGAUUAUGUUGUUUUAACUACAGAAUAUUUAGAGGAACUGAAGAAUGAUUUAUCAACAAUGCCAAUACCAAGAUUAGAAAUUCAAGUUAAACGGUAUUAUCAAACAGGUACGAUUGAUUAUGAAUAA